ACUCGCACCACUCCAGCGCUCGCAGCCUCGCACGCCAUAUAAAGACGCAGCCGCCGCUCCCAACCUCCCCAGCCACAAGCAAAAUCCCCGCCACAACACCGGCACAACGGCACGGCCAAACCCUAGUAGAGCGUGCUUGCCCUGGAGCUCGAUCGGUGCCGAUGGCGACGGGCACCGAUUCAGCCGAUCUGCCCCCUUCCAGCGGCGGCUCCGACCUCGAGGAGGGCGAGUUCGUCCCCGAAUACGGCGACUCGGUCGGCCCCAACCACGAGGAUGGCAAGUUCGUCCCCGAGCACGACGACUGGGCCGCCUCCGACGCCGAGAGCGGCCACGACGGCGAUGGCCGACCAGGGAUUAAGCGGCCGCGCCUCGAGUUUGAAGGCAUCGUCGUGGAUGGAGGUGCCCUGUCGUCGCCGUCGCCGUCGCCCACGCCCUCGCGCGACCGCGACUCGUACGGGACCAUCAGCUACGUCGAUGCGAGCUUGGCCUCGCUCGGGCUGAAGCCGCUCGUCUUCACAUGCGCCGUCUGCCGGAGGGAGUUCACAACCCAGAGAGGGCUGAGCAUCCACAUCAACGUCCACGGUCCGCACGAAUGCCAGCAGUGCUAUAAGGAGUGGACACCGGCGAUCGGCGGUGGCCUGGCCGUGGCCGGCGAAACGAGCUCCGUUGGGCGCAGGUCCGUGUUCUUCCCCCGGGGCGAAGGAGGAGUGGUCGAUUCCAUGGCCAUGGUGGUCCCCGAGCCCGUGAUCGACCCAAUGCCGAUCGCGCUCGCGAGCAGCAGCAGUAGCAGCGCGGAGCCCAGUCCUCGCAAUGACGACUCCAUGGCAAUCCCUGUCUCGUCACAAGACAUUCCUACCAGCCAGGUCGUCGUGCACCCACCAUGUUCGUCGCAAUUCCUCCAAGGCCACCAGCGCGCCGCGCCUCAGGUCGUCCUCGCCCAAGCUCCGCCUAGCGUCGCCCAAGGUCAACAACUUGCAGAGGCGGCGGCUGCGCCGUCGCAAUUCGUCGUCCACCAGCCCGCUGCGCGUCAGGUCGUCGCGCGCCAGGUACAGCGCAUAUUGCCGCCGCCGCCACCAGCACUCACCGAGCCAGGUCGGUGGGUCCGCAAGGAGAAAGAGUGCGAUCAGCGGCGGUUCGCCACGGACCAGGGGCUCGGCGGCCCCAUGUCCGGAAACAAGAGGCAGCGCAACGAAGCCGCCGACUGGGGUCUUGACCUUCACCUUGGCGUCGGUUACCCGGCGAAGCUGCACCCGUGCAAGUACUGCACCGGCGUGUUCACCUCGGGAGCGCAGCUCAGCGGGCACAUGAGGAAGCACUACGCACCACAGAAGCUCGCGUCAGCGCUGGAACUGUCCCUAUCGAUGCCGUCCGCCGCCAUGGAAGCAACGCCAGCGCAGCGGCCUGUUGUUGAGCCUUCGCCGCCGCCGGACGUCCUGAGGAUUUUCGGCGUUGACAUGGUGGUGCCACCUGGUGCGACGGCAAAUGGAACUUCUUCCGUCGUGACAUAGACGGAUCAGAGCCCCGCGGCGUCUUCUACCGGCAUCGAGCAGUAGAUCGGCGAGAAAAAUAGGUUCGCUGGGAUACACAGAUACCUGAUACAUACUGCAUUAGUACUUGGCCUAGAUGCAUUUCGUCUCAUUUUGUAUGAAUCACAGUUCCACAUGCAUAUACUUCCGUAUGGGGUGAGCGUGAGUUUUGCGCCCUUGAACUCAAUACAUAGCUCACUCUCCCUCAAAACCAGUACAUCGUCUCAGUUGUA